GUCAAAGAGAUUGUCUCACCAACUUUAGUUCAAUCCCCCUCGCUUGCGCAGAAUCGGACGCGUAGUUGCGUCGCAUGGCCUGCGUUGUCCCGUAACGUCAACGUCUCUCGUCUUAUCGUACGAGUCCCCUCCACAACCGCCGGCUGCUCGUAGCGACGGCCGUCCCGAAGUAUAUCCCCGUGCUCCUGCAGGACCGCGAUACAGCCACACAAAGACCAGCUCCUUUCGUCGACGCAGUCUUCCCUUUCAGCUUCUCCGCAGCCAUACGACUCGUGGUCGCCGGUCGCGACAAAGGUUUUGCCAGCAUGGCUUCGACAUUGUUGGAUCUGUUUUACUCCUUCGGGAUGUGCUUCAGCUGCUUCCCGAGUUCUCCGCAACUGAAGAUCAACGGGAAGAGCUUCAAGAUACUACGACUCUUGGGCGAGGGCGGCUUUUCAUACGUCUACCUCGUUGAGAAUACGUCCACUCACGAACUCUUCGCGCUCAAGAAGAUACGAUGUCCGUUUGGCCAGGAAUCGGUGUCUCUUGCCUUGAAAGAAGUUGAAGCAUACAGUCUCUUCUCGCCGAACCCCAACAUCAUUGCCGCCAUCGACCACUCCGUCGCAAGCGACAAGUCAGACCCGGGUGCGAAGACUGUUUACAUUCUGCUUCCGUACUACAGACGCGGCAAUUUGCAAGACAUGAUCAACGCGAACCUGGUCAACCACACAAAGUUUCCGGAGAAGCGGCUGAUGCAGCUGUUCCUGGGGGUGUGCAAGGCGCUGAAAGCCAUGCAUCAGUACAGGGUCAAAAGCGGCGACAGAAGUCAGGCUCAGGCGCGGAGAAUCAGGGAGGGAGCUGCGGCUGCAGACAGAGAAGCUGCACAGGAGGCUGGUGGCGACGACGACGACGACGACGACGAGGCAGAGGAACCGCUCAUGGAGGCUGGCGGCGAAAUCACCAGAAGUCAAGAUGGCGUCGCGCCGGGGCAAGUGAGGGCAUAUGCGCACAGAGACAUAAAACCAGGAAACGUCAUGAUUGCAGAUGACGGCAAGACGCCCAUCCUUAUGGAUCUCGGCUCGCUCGCCCCAUCGCCUACUCCCAUCACAUCCCGAUCGCAAGCUCUUGCCGUUCAAGAUCAAGCUGCCGAACAUUCCACUAUGCCGUACCGCGCUCCCGAGCUGUUCGACGUCAAAACAGGCUCGACAAUAGAUACGAAGGUUGACAUCUGGUCUCUCGGCUGCACAUUGUAUGCUUGCUUGGUAGGCAAGUCGCCAUUCGAAGCACGAUCAGAUGAAACGGGCGGCAGCCUAAGUCUGUGCGUCUUGGGAGGCGACUGGAGGUUCCCCGACGAAGGCGUCCCGAAGAGAAGACAGAGCAAUAAGCCUGCGCAGCAGGAGUUGAGAGGGGAUGAAAAUGCGAUUAGCGAAAGCGUCAAGGACGUGGUUAGGAAGUGCUUGAGAGUGGAGCCGGCGGAGCGACCGGACAUCGAUGAGCUGAUAACGAUCGUGGAAAAGGUCAUUGCAGAGUUACCGGAUGACUCGAGCAGCUAAUCGCUCUUGCUAAGACUUGCUCUCUUUGCACGAACUUAGUUUUUUGUUGUUUUUUUUUUUUUGUUUUUGGAUCUAGGGGGUGUUCUCUCUGGCGCAUGAAAAGGCAUCCUCGAGCUUUUCCCCUGCAAGCGCUUUGAAAUAGUAAUGGCGUGUUCGGUAGGGAUAUGAUUAUAGCGUCGUCCACUCGGCAGCUUUUUCUAUAGGAGAUGAAAUUCUUCUUACCAUCUCUCUGUGCUUUGUUCGAGCCAUCAGGCCCUACGAAACUUUGCGCCUCCGGACGAUGCGAGAAGUGACGACGUUCGAUUUUGAGGACUCACGGAUGAUGGCACGUUCUAGAAUGAAAUGGGCUGUCCCAGAGCAAUCCUCGACGGGGCGGUCGCAAUGCGGGAGUUCAUAUUGCCCGUAGGCUGAGUAUCACGGUUGGAUGUGUUCUACAGAUACGAUGGAAACCGAUUUCUUCGCACGGCAAAGCAAGCAGUCCCAAACCGCGCCUAGUUCUUAAGAUUUUGAGCGUUAGUUUGAAAGUGACUUGGAAGACCGAUUAUCUUCAAAGACUGUUGAUAGCCCUGCACAUGCUGAAAUGAGAGGAGGUCCAAAGUGAAGAGAAGUGCAAAUCUCCUUUUUA